AAAAAAGUAACAGCCGAAGACUUAAAAAACGGAAGUCCGCAAAUUGCGUCCGAGGUCAAAGUGUUAUUUCAGCAGAAAACAUGGCGGCUCCGUCUAGGAAUUUGUUUGAGCUGUUUGUAUCGAAAGUGCCAUGGACAGUUGCUGGCAAGGAGAUGAGGGAGUACUUUGGACAGUUUGGACAAGUCAGAAAGUGUCUCCUUCCAUUUGAUAAAGAAACUGGCUUCCACAGGGGAUUUUGUUGGGUGGGAUUCACCACAGAAGAGGGACUGAACAACGCACUGCAGAAAGAGCUCCACUUAUUGGAGGGCGCAAAGCUUCAGGUUCAGAAGAACAGGCGGCCAUUUUCUGGACAGAAAUCAAAUAAUGAAAAUGAUGGAAGCUCCAUUUGACUCCCAUGAUCACCUGGAAAAGUUCAUGUGUUCAUUUCAUGUGUGUACUAUUCCUUUUGUCUAUUUGACUAUCUCCUGAAUUCAAUAAUGACAACUGUCACUUGCAAUCAUUCAUGUCAUGCCAGAAAAAAAAUUCCCCCACAUACAAUAAAAACAAACUCAAGUCCA